CUUUCGAGCAGCGAGGUUUCUCUCCCCGGGGAAAAAUCAUCGAGAGAAAAUGCACGGGAAUCUGGACUCUCUCUCGACAAGCUUCCCAUCAAGCGCUUGGACGCAAUUAAAGUAAACGGCAUCGAACGCUUCCCUCCAGAUGUAGGAUACGAUGAGGAGCGGCUUUCACUGAUCCGGCUGGAGAAAGACGACAAGAAAAAGCAGAAGAAUAUUUUGAAGGAGAGUUCGACACCGUGGCAGUGACAGAGCAUGGUGGAGAAUUUGCAGUUAGCUCAUCAGGAGCUCUCUGUCAUCAUAGAUCUCAUCAACACCGUAAAAGUGAAUGAUGCUGUAACACAUGACCAGGCUAAAAAGCCAAAUGAAACACUCUCUGACCUUUCUGUAUCUGCAGCAACCAAGCUACAAUGCUUCCAGCAUCUUGGUAAAUAUUUUAAUCAUUCUGCUAAAGCUUUGGAACAGCAAGUUGCUCGGGAAGCAAGAUUUUAUGAUGCUCUUAUUAGACUGCAGCAAAACUGGAAAGUUAAAAGGCAGUGAGGGGAAGCGUCAGCUCCUGGAAGUGAAGGCUUCACAAUUGAUCUGUUUGACAAUUCACUUUAUGAUCCAGCAGCUGUAUUCCGUCCAUCAUCUCUAUCUACUGUUCAAUUUGACCAUGACUCAGCUGGCAUGCUUUCAGUAAAUUUACCUUCAAAGUCACGCCACUCUCUCCAAUUUAGUUUCCUUGGUCGACAUUCAGGUGAUACACCAACGGAAGCCUACAAAAUUAAAACUUAUUCCUCAUUGGACCAUCCCUAAAGAGAAAGUGAGAGAAAAUCUGUAAGCGAUGACAAGUGUGUUGAAGAAACAAAUUCACUCCUUGAUGAAGUUAAUCAAGCAAUCUUUGAUGAGCAGGUGUUUGAUUUGGUCAAUCGUGAAGCAAUUAAGCCAUCUUUAGGUGUUAAUGUGACUGGUAUACGAGAAAAUUAUAUGCAGUUGAGCAUAGGUCAAGAAACCCCUGUAUUUAUAUCACUUGCACCAUCUAGUCAAGGAGAUCAAACAGCUGAAAGUUUAGGCUCUCAGAAUUUAGAAAAUGUAAUUUUACUUUUGGACUCAUUAGAUGGACUGAAGUUACCAGAGGAAGAAGAUGAUACCCUUAGGAAAAUAUGGGGGUUUCCCAAUCAUAUUAGUUAUGCAAUAUACCUGCAACAGAUUUUCCAUGAGCAUGUUUUUGCGAAGGACAGACCCGAUUGCAUGUAUAUGCGAGUAUCUGGUCAGGGGGCGAAGUAUGGGUCUGGUCUCUUGGGUCGUUUCUGUGUCUCUGGCUCAUAGAAUUUUUCCAACAAAGUUCUUAUGGAGCUGGAAAAGAUUUGCAGGGUCCCUUAUCUCCAGUUGAUAUCUCAUCCAACUUGGCAUUCUCCAUGGACACUCUUCAAUUUUCCUCCGUCCAGUCUUCACGCAUGCCCAUCAAACAACCAUAGUGUGAAGAGUGUCAUUAAGUCACAGUUCCGAACUAAGGUGGUGGUAAAUGAUGAUUACAUCAACGCAGAAGGAGAAGUGCAACAAUUUCUUUUUGUUUUUCCUUUUGUAGAGUAGGUACAACACAUUCUGGAUUUUUGAACAGGUCGCAAUCCAAGUUAUUGGUUGGCUUCAUAAGGAGGCUCUUUCGGUGGGAAUAAAGGCAAACAGGGACUUCCUAUGC